CGGAACUGACGUUCUGCGCCUUUCCUGUCCAGCGCUGAGGCCUGUUUCAGUGUGCGCAGAGAGCGCCAGGUUUCCCGAACUUCCUACCAGCCAGCUGUGGGACCCCACACACCGCCAACAUGUAUGAUGGAGAGGAAGGUGAGAGGAGAGCUCGUUAUACCUUAAAUUACUGCAGAGGGCUGAUGGGAGUAAUCCAUGGCUACACGUGGAUCUCUGGGAAAGUACAACAACAAUAAGAGUGCUGGCUGCACUGAGUGUGACUGGCUGCACUGAGUGUGACUGGCUGGCUGCACUGAGUGUGACUGGGGGACUGGCUGCACUGAGGUGUGAUGACUGGCUGGGAGGCUGCACUGGAGUGUGACUGGGGGGGACUGGCUGCACUGAGGUGUGUGACUGGGGGGGGGACUGGCUGCACUGAGUGUGACUGGCUGGGGCUGCACUGGAGUGUGUGACUGGCUGAGGCUGCACUGAGUGUGUGACUGGCUGGGGCUGCACUUAGGUGUGACUGGCUGGGGCUGCACUACAGGUGUGACUGGCUGGGGCUGCACUGAGUGUGACUGGCUGGGGCUGCACUGGAGUGUGACUGGCUGGGGCUGCACUUUAAGGUGUGACUGUGGCUGGGAGACUGCACUGAGGUGUGACUGGCUGGGGCUGCACUGAGUGUGACUGGCUGGGGCUGCACUGGAGUGUGACUGGCUGGGGCUGCACUGAGUGUGACUGGCUGGGGCUGCAUGAGUGUGACUGGCUGGGGCUGCACUGGUGUGACUGGCUGGGAGCUGCACUGGAGUGGCGGCUGGCUGGGGAGGCUGCACUGAGUGGCGGUGACUGGCUGGGGCUGCAGUGUGACUGGCUGGGGCUGCACUGAGUGUGACUGGCUGGCUGGCUGCACUGAGUGUGACUGGCUGGGGCUGCACUGAGUGUGACUGGCUGGCUGGCUGCACUGAGUGUGACUGGCUGGCUGGCUGCACUGAGUGUGACUGGCUGGCUGGCUGCACUGAGUGUGACUGGCUGGCUGGCUGCACUGAGUGUGGCUGCACUGAGUGUGGCUGCACUGAGUGUGGCUGCACUGAGUGUGGCUGCACUGAGUGUGGCUGGCUGGCUGGCUGCACUGAGUGUGACUGCACUGAGUGUGGCUGGCUGCACUGAGUGUGGCUGCACUGAGUGUGGCUGCACUGAGUGUGGCUGCACUGAGUGUGGCUGCACUGAGUGUGACUGGCUGGCUGCACUGAGUGUGGCUGGCUGGCUGGCUGCACUGAGUGUGGCUGCACUGAGUGUGGCUGCACUGAGUGUGGCUGCACUGAGUGUGACUGGCUGGCUGCACUGAGUGUGACUGGCUGGCUGCACUGAGUGCGGCUGCGCUGAGUGCGGCUGCGCUGGGGGGCUGCACUGAGUGCGACUGGGGGGCUGCACUGAGUGCUUACUGGGGGGCUGCACUGAGUGCUGGCUGGGGGGCACUGGCUGCACUGAGUGUGGCUGGCUACACGAGGUGUGGGGGGGCUGGCUGCACUGAGUGUGACUGCACUGGGGGGCUGGCUGCACUGAGUGUGACUGCACUGGGGGGCUGCACUGAGUGUGACUGCACUGAGUGUGACUGCACUGGGGCUGGCUGCACUGGUGUGACUGCACUGGGGAGCUGGCUGCACUGAGUGUGACUGUACUGGGGGACUGGCUUCACUGGGGGGGGCUGGCUGCCUGGUUAUGGAGUAUAACUAAAGUACCUGAUACUCCUAUAACAAUAUGGGUUCUCAUUUGACCCCGUGGCUACGGUGUUUUAACCCCUUCAGCGCCAAGGGAGGGCGGCCCUGAGGGUGGAUGGGACCUAAGGGUUGUACAGUGUCAUGAAAACGAGUUUGUUUUUCUGACACUAUAGUGAUCCUUUGAGGGUGGAUGGGACCUAAGGGUUGUACAGUGUCAUGAAAACGAGUUUGUUUUUCUGACACUAUAGUGAUCCUUUAAUAAAAAAAGAAUAUCUAGCCAUCUUAGUGGUGUACUUCAAAGUGCCAUUGCAGCUGUAACACAGAGGAGUUAUGGCCCUGCAUCAUUUGUCAGUGUGAUUGUAACUGGGUUGUUCUAGCUAUUUACAUUAAUCUUCUGCCAUGAUGGCAGAGUUUAAAUUCUUGUUAACUUAUUUUAAAGGAACACUACAAACACUUAAAGCAUUUUACUUGCAGAAAUGUUUUAUGUGUAAAGAAUGUGACAUCUUAUAUAUUUAAUUUUACAAAAAGUGGAGAUUUCAGUAGAAAUUGGUACUUUUAACACCCAUGUCUGUUAAUCAGACAUCUGGUCCUGUUACUUCCUUGUUGUCUAGCUCAAUGGAGCUAAACUUGAGAAGCAUGCAAUUGUGCAGAGCUGGAUUAGAAAAGGAGGGCUUGCAAAGGCAGCCGUUAAAGGACCACUCUAGGCACCCAGACCACUUCAGCUUAAUGAAGUGGUCUGGGUGCCAGGUCCAGCUAGGGUUAACCCAUUUUUUCAUAAACAUAGCAGUUUCAGAGAAACUGCUAUGUUUAUGAAUGGGUUAAGCCUUCCCCUAUUUCCUCUAGUGGCUGUCUCAUUGACAGCCACUAGAGGCGCUUGCGUGCUUCUCACUGUGAUUUUCACAGUGAGAGCACGCCAGCGUCAUUGGGAUGUGUGACCGGCUGCGCGGGGAGGAGGAGAGCUCUCCGCCCAGCGCUGGAAAAAGGUAAGUUUUAUCCCCUUUCCAGAACCGGGCGGGAGGGGGUCCCUGAGGGUGGGGGCACCCUCAGGGCACUAUAGUGCCAGGAAAACGAGUAUGUUUUCCUGGCACUAUCGUGGUCCUUUAAGAGAUCUGCAGUUUUGCAAGCUGUUUUAGAUGUACCACAAAUGGGGGGGAGGGGGGGAAAUGCAUGAUUAAAUGCAAGCAUGUUUUCAUUGGAGGCACAUCUACUAAAUUGUGAUAUUUUAUUUUGGUAGUAUCGUGUCCCUUUUAGCUGCAUGGGUUAUCGUGAGUGAUGGGAGAAUUAACCCUAAGGCAUGAUAUGGGUAUAAUCUAUUAUGCAGGGAUUCUGGACUCUCCCAGUUAUGAAUUGAGGAAAGGUUUUACUAUAGUUAGUUAAGCUUCAGGCAAGUUCAGUCAAGCUUUAGGUUUUUACAUGUUUGUUAGAGGUCAAUAUUAAAGUGACACUUCCACAGUUUGAGGACUUUGCAGAAUUUGCAAAGACCUCGUCAAUGACAUUGCCGCUGGGUUUCCAGUGGCUGUUGGGGAGGCAGGCAAAGAUGAGUUCCACUUACCCAAACCUGUCCCUCAUGGGCACCACCAUCCUCUCCCGGUGGAUUCUUUUCAGCAGCACCAGGAGUCAGUGUGUCACUGCUGAACUCUUGUGCAUGUACAGUAUUGAGGUUUAUGGAGAAUUCCAUGGUAUCUUUCAUAAAUAAAGCAAAUUCUCUGCAGCCGUUGGGGGGAUUGACACUUCUAGACGGCAGUACCUCCGCCCAAUAUCUAGAGGUGUCAGGCGUAGACACUAAACACUAAGGAUGGAACUUGGGGACUCCUUACACUAUAACCACUUUAAUAAGACACAUCUGUUACAGUGCCUAAAGUAUCCCGUUUACCAGGUUCUUGCUAAGCAUAAUUUUUCCUUUAGACCUCCUAUUUUAUAAAAAAUAUUGAUACAUUUGGUGCAUUUCCCCAAAUGCAAUUUCUUGUAUCCGAGAUUUUCUGAGUUUUGCAUUUCAUUUGUCAUUUUCAGAAUUAAGUAAAUAAUCCUGAAAAUAUCUCACACAAAUAAUGCAGUGACAGCAUAGUAAGAGUGAUAAUCAAUUUGCAAAACACAAAUCUAUAUAUGCAUACAUUUAAAUUCCUAAAAUAUAAAUUGUGUUCAAUAAUCUGGGAAGGUAUACAGACAUGUCUUAUAUAAUAUUGGAUUGCUUUAUUAGUUGCUUUUGUUAAAAAAAUAAAAAUAAAUUAGAUUUAGUAUUACCGCUAAUAAAAUUGUUUUGCUAGAUAUGCAAUAUGACGAAGAAGAUGAUGAGAUUACUCCAGAUUUGUGGCAAGAGGCCUGUUGGAUUGUUAUAAGGUAAAUUUGCUAAUGUUAUGAGAACCAAAGUGAAGUUAAAAACAUCACUUAUUUAAUCUUUAAAACACGUAAAUCACUGUAAGACAAGCACCACAUUUAUACUGCAGUAUUUGAACUCAAUGGACACUAGCCCUAAAGUAUAUUAUUGUGAAAAAAAAGUAUAAAUACUAUAAAAUGUAUGUUAAAGUCAAUAAUAAAAGUACUACAUAAAGGUGUUCCCUAACCUAUUCUCAAUUAAUACAGUUUGACUCCUUGAAUAUAAGCAAAAACAUCCAAUGUAACUUUCCAUUAACUAAGAAGUCUUUGCAUUACAUAGUUUUGUCAACAGCAAAUUACCUUUAGUGACUGACUGAAUGAUAAAGUGAGGUAGCCAGUUUAACAUUUAUUUGUAGCCAUAGCCUUUUUUUUUCUCUUUUAGCUACUAUUCUGAUACUUGAAUUUUCACAAUUCUUAAUCCCCUUUUCUCCAUAAAGCUCCUAUUUUGAUGAAAAGGGUUUGGUGCGGCAGCAACUGGAUUCUUUUGAUGAAUUUAUUCAGAUGUCCGUACAGAGGAUUGUAGAAGAUGCACCUCCAAUUGAUUUGCAGGCUGAAGCUCAGCACACAAGUGGUGAAGUGGAAGAGCCAGUGAGUAUAAAAUGUUUGUGUUAUCUGCAAUCCUUAAGUUCAUAGUAAGAUAAACUAUAUAAGCUUUGCAACCUGUUUCUGUUGUGUUUUUCCAGCCCAGAUUUUUAUUGAAGUUUGAACAGAUUUAUUUAUCCAAGCCCACUCAUUGGGAAAGAGAUGGCGCACCCUCUCCAAUGAUGCCAAACGAAGCAAGGUUAAGAAAUUUAACGUAAGUAAACAACAUUCUGUGCUAUCGGUUUCAAGAUGAACAUCAUGGUCUAAAGCAUUUUACUAUACAAUACAAUUACAAAACUGAUCCUUCCUUUCAUAUAAAAGAGUAAGGUUUUGUUUAAAGUAGAAGUAUUCCCAAUGAUGAGAUGCUUGAAAUUUAAAAUAAAAACAAAAAACAAACAUUGUCAUUUUCAAUGUAAAGAUUGCAUUGUGGUUUUUCUCUAGAUACUCUGCACCCUUAUAUGUGGACAUCACAAAAACGGUGGUCAAGGAAGGCGAGGAGCAAAUUCAAACACAACAUCAAAAGACAUUUAUUGGAAAAAUUCCAAUUAUGUUGCGUUCUACAUACUGUUUACUAAAUGGCCUAACUGACCGUGAUCUUUGUGAGUUAAAUGAAUGUCCGCUUGAUCCAGGUGGUUACUUCAUUAUUAAUGGAUCAGAAAAGGUAAAUGUUUUUCAUUUUUCUUAGUGAUUGUCACUCCACAUAUAUUCCCUUUAUUUCACACAAACAUGUCUGCAAUCUCAAGCAGUUACCCCAGAAAUCAUUUGGAUCAUAUUCAUUUUAAAUCUUAAAUUUUUGCAAAUUACCUGCAGUACUUUAAGUAACCAUUUACUAUAUUAGAAUGAAGUGAAUGGUGACAUGAUCUCUACAGAAUUUACUUUACCUCUGCUGUUUUCGAUUUUCGUAAUCAAGGUUCUAAUUGCCCAAGAGAAGAUGGCUACAAACACAGUAUAUGUGUUUGCAAAGAAGGAUUCAAAAUAUGCGUACACAGCAGAGUGUAGAUCCUGUUUGGAAAAUUCAUCGAGACCAACAAGUUCUAUUUGGGUUAGCAUGUUGGCCAGAGGAGGUCAGGUAUGAGAAGUUUGCUUUACUAUUAGGCUUCUGCCUACUUUAUUUUUUUCCUUUGCUCUUGCUAUCUGAAUUUAUAUGUUUGAAUGAUGUUUGUGUAUACUGAUAAAACCAUUAUUUAAUGUAUUGCAGGGUGCCAAAAAAAGUGCUAUUGGUCAGCGCAUUGUUGCUACCUUGCCUUAUAUCAAACAGGAAGUACCCAUAAUUAUAGUAUUCCGUGCUUUGGGCUUUGUGUCCGAUAGAGACAUAUUAGAACAUAUAAUCUAUGACUUUGAAGAUCCUGAGAUGAUGGAAAUGGUAAGUAAAAUGCACAAAAAAUGUGUAUGUGAAAAUACAUGUGCUUCACGUGUGAGAAAAUAAAUGUCAUGAUCAACACAUAGCUAUGCUGUUAAAAAACAUACAGAGAAAAUAUAUUUUUUCCUAAAUACCUGCUGUUAUAUUUUCCCCUCUUCAUAAAAAAAAAACUAUAACCUAUAAUAAGUUGUUCAACCACAAAAUUGUGAUGAACCUUCAGAUAUCUUGUGUUAAAUCCUGUUGCUGUGGUGUCCAUAUAAUUUUUAAGAAUAUUUCAGAUCGGUCAUAACCUUUUAACUAUUUUCUUUACCUCUCUUUGCGAUAGGUAAAACCUUCACUUGAUGAAGCCUUUGUCAUACAGGAACAGAAUGUAGCCCUAAAUUUCAUUGGUUCAAGAGGUGCUAAACCUGGUGUAACCAAAGAAAAAAGAAUUAAGUAUGCUAAAGAAGUUCUUCAGAAGGAAAUGCUGCCACACGUUGGUGUCAGUGACUUUUGUGAAACAAAAAAGGCAUAUUUUUUAGGGUAAGUGUUUUUUUUUUUUUUUUUAAAUUUGUUUUAAUUAAAUAAUUUUAUUGUUUAAAUAUAUGCAAAAUUAUUUUAGAAAAUAAGUUAUUGACAUUUAAAGUUAUAUUUUUGGGUUAAUCUUUGUUUAAUUUGUAAUAAAACUCUAAUACAAGUAAAAUCUGUCCUACAAGUUUAUUGGGAUUAAUUGAAAUUUGUUCACAGGUACAUGGUUCACAGACUUCUCCUUUCAGCUUUGGGAAGAAGAGAACUUGAUGACAGAGAUCACUACGGUAAUAAAAGACUGGAUCUUGCUGGACCAUUGCUUGCGUUUCUCUUCAGAGGGUAAGAGCCAGACACUUGAGCAAUUGUUUUUUUGUUUAACAAAAUGUCUGUGGACUGCACAACCUGGAUUCAAGCAUCUGUUUUACUGUGAAUCCUGUACGCCAUUUGUGUAUAGAAAUGUACCGUGCUUUAUCUGAAUAUAUCCAAACCUUUUGGAAAAGUUUGCCUUAGGUUUUUUUUUUUUUUAUGUGUGUAUUAUAUAAAUAUUUGUGUGAUCAGAUAACUGAGAUGGGUUAUUUAGUGUGAUCCGGCUAAAUAUUUACAUUCAUGAUGACAAAGGGCUUCAUUAGGACUUUGCUGUUACUUCAGUAACAGGGAUUAGAGGAAUGUUGUAGUAAAGCCAAAGCUUUCCAAGCUUGAAGAAGAGUAAAUAUACUAUUAACUAUAACACUUUUUGUAAAUUUUCAUUUUACAGAAUGUUUAAAAACUUGCUGAAAGAAGUCCGUAUAUAUGCACAGAAAUUUAUUGACCGGGGAAAAGAUUUCAACCUUGAGUUGGCUAUUAAGACACGAAUAAUUUCAGAUGGCUUGAAGUAUUCUUUAGCUACUGGGAACUGGGGUGACCAAAAGAAAGCCCAUCAAGCAAGAGCUGGUGUAUCACAAGUAAGACUACGUUACUCUUAACUAUUAUCCAGGUAACAUUGUUCAAUCACAUUUUUUAUUUUUUUUAACACUUCUUGCAUAUAAAUGGCAUCCAUGCUUGGCAGCAAGUCGACUACGUGGAUUAUUUCCUCAAGAAACAGAAUGUGUGUCGCUUUACUUGGACAACUGCUUGCAGAUAGUACUUUUAAAUGAUAAAAUUGUUGGUCCUUGCAACCUUGUGCAUUAGCAGGCCACAGUUCAAGCUUAUAUCUUCUUGCUUUAGAGAUGUGAAAUGCAGCUCUGGAAUAAAUUAGGAGGCUACUCCAAUUUUAAUUUUUUCUUGCUUACAUCAGCUUUUCUACAUUAAUGGCAGUCAUUGCAACAUACACAAACCACAUUUUACUUACACCUUUUUUCCCAAUAUCAAUGGGUGACCUCCUGUCUGUUGUAUAUUCCUGCUAAUCAACGGGUUAGCACAUAGCUUUUGCACUGACCCUGCAUAUAUUUGUAUAGUGCUAUUAUAUCCCCUCUGAUGCACCUUUUUUUUCUAAAGAAAACAAAUUCCAUUUUCUAGCCUUUCAUAACUGUUUUCCAUCCACCUUACUAGUUUUGUAGUUUGCAUUUGCACUUUUUUUAGUUCUGCAAUAUCCUUCUUUAAAACGGGUGCCCACCCUGUCCUGGAGGCAGCCAAGCACACCCACAUACCAGCACUGUUUGGGUAGAGUUGAUGAGAUAAGGCUGAUAGAAGAAAAUGCUGCAACUAUUGGGGGGGGCAGGACAGAUCAUAUUUGGAUACAUGGAGUAUAUUGCUGACCUUCAUGGGGGAAUGAAGGAAUGGGUUCAAGAGCGCAAGCGCAUGCUUAUUAUUCCUACUUCUAUCCUUGUUUCUUUUUUCACACUUUGCUCUUCCUUCUUCACUUUUACUCUCUUUCCAUUGUCUUUACUCUUCAGGGGUAUAAACCUUAACUCGCUCUUAGAGUUGCUUAACUCCUGUCUUUUAGGGAUUGCAUUUCCGGUACGUACACAAAUUUGGAUACAACAUCAGCAUCUUAUGUUUGAAUGAAAAUGUAUUGGUUUUUAGAUGUCAACUCGCACACCGCGUUCUUACCUGAGUUGGUAUUUGAUUUGCCUACUAUUGUUUUCCCUUCUUCUAUGUACUUUCACUAUGAUUUGCUUAUACAUGUCUUUAUCCACAUUGCAAAUCUGGUUAUCAAUGACACGUAACACUUUAUAAAAUAAAGAUUGUUACCGCAUAUUCAGGGUGAGGUCUUACCAUUGAUUUGUGAAGAGGCAAAAUUAUAUUUUUAUCACGUGAAUCAAAACCCCUUUUUAUACACAAAACCACCUUACCAGUUUUUGCAACAGCAGACUGACAUUGCAUAUACUGUUGAUUGUUGCCUGGACAUUAUGUCCUAUAACAGUAACUUUCCAGUUUUUCUAGCAAACACAAUAGUUCAAAAAUAUUAACUUUAGAUGUCAAUGUUUUUAGGUGUUGAACCGUCUGACCUUUGCAUCUACUCUUUCACAUUUGAGAAGAUUGAAUUCUCCCAUUGGAAGAGAUGGAAAACUUGCCAAGCCUAGACAACUGCACAACACAUUAUGGGGUAUGGUUUGUCCAGCUGAGACUCCAGAGGUAAGAUACUUAGAUUUAUUUUUGUUGCUAAGGUUUACGUUUCACUAGUUAAUGCAAGAGUUUAGUGGUUUUAACUUUAACGUCUUUUAAAUCUGAAAAAAAGUGUUCUUUUUCUUAUGAUAUAAUGCAUAUAACAAUAUGUGCUCCUUUACUUUGCUUUUAACAUUACAAAUAAGUGGUUUAAAAGGAUAUAUUUUAAGUGUUUAAGGCCAAGUUACUCGGUUUAGAUUAGCUGCAUUCAGAAGCAGUCUUCCCACGUAAGAAAAUUAAGUUUAAAACAAGUUAGCAUCCUGCUGGCCCUUCCCUGGUUGGUAUGUCAGCAAACAGUUUAGUCAUUAAACAUAAGUUACGUCAUGGAUAUGUUUUAAGAAAUGUUUUAGGGGUCAUUGACGUAUGCCUUUUUCGAUUACACUGAGAUUUGAUAUCACACAGUUUAUAUUUAAAAAUUUAAAAUGCCAAUCACAAAGUUUCUACCACCACAUCCUUCCAUUUAUUCCAACAUGAUGUAUGCACAAUAUAUAUCUAUUAUUUCUUACUGUGCAUGCUUUAGAAGAUCUGUGGAUCUCACAGGAUCUUCACUCCAGUUUUGUACGCUCACAAUGCACGAACUAUUGACACAGCUCGUGGCAGGUGAAACCACCACCAGCAGCUGACAGAAUAUGGCCGCUCUGAGGAUGUAGAACAAACAUGAAAGCAGAACUGUCCCCUUGCUUGGUCUUUGGAAAAAAAAAAAAAAAAUGACACCAGAAGUGACUUUGCUGCUUUAAUCAUCUUUUUUCUAAAUCCUGUAUUAAAACGCAUAGUUUAUGUGAUAGAAUUUAGAGGCAAAUGUGUUGUUUCUGUGUAGCAAUGUGUUAAGGACGAUGCCUUUUAUACUUACUGUUUUUAUUGCCUUUUUAUAAUGACCCUUCUAAAGUAAACAUUUGCCAACUGAUACUUUAAGCUACUCAAUCCAGUACUCCAAUUUUCUGUCUCCUGUUUAUUGGGUAGUUGUAGAUUUAUCAAUUUUUUUUUUUUUCUUGCAGGGUCAUGCUGUAGGCCUUGUGAAAAAUCUAGCCCUAAUGGCCUACAUUUCUGUUGGGUCUCAGCCCUCUCCUAUAUUGGAGUUUUUGGAAGAAUGGAGUAUGGAGAAUCUUGAAGAAAUAUCACCUGCAGCCAUAGCAGAGUAUGUGCAUGAAUUACUUCAUAUUUUGUUAUAAAAUAGCAAUCCUCAGGGACAGUUAAAGCUUAUUCUGCAUUUUUAGAAAUAAGGUUUAAAAGAUACCAUGUUAUACAAAUUAUUUUAAGAUGUGUUUUCACAGUUUUGGGAUCACCAUUGGUAAUGGGAUCAGUAAAAUUUUAAAUAUUGAUAAGAAUGCAUCUUCACAAAAAUUAUUUUUUUCCCCUUAAAGUGCCACAAAAAUAUUUGUGAACGGUUGUUGGGUUGGAAUUCACAAAGAUCCCGAACAAUUGAUGAAUACUCUCAGAAAACUGCGUCGUCAGAUGGAUAUCAUUGUGUCAGAGGUAAUGUUUAUUAAAUAGGGACAUUAAAGAACGGAAUCCCUGAUUUCUGUUCCAGGGGCGGGGGUCAGGGAGGCAACUGCCCCUCAGACCGCACUAAAUUCAGGGCCGUCCCCCUCCACCCCUCCUUCACCCUCACAUUUAUUUAUUUUAUUCUAGGUAUCAAUGAUUCGAGACAUUCGAGAGCGAGAAAUCAGAAUCUAUACAGAUGCUGGUCGAAUUUGCCGGCCGUUGUUAAUUGUGGAAAAACAGAAAUUGCUGUUAAAGAGGAGACAUAUUGAUCAACUAAAAGAAAGAGAAUAUAACAAUUACAGGUGUGAACUAUUUUAUUUUAGCUUAACAUGCAUAUCUAUAUAUAACAGAACUUAGAUCUAUACUUCAUUGGAACCUGGCUGACAUACUAUUUUGUUUAGUUGGCAGGACCUGGUAGCCAGUGGUGUUGUGGAAUACAUUGAUACUUUGGAGGAGGAGACCGUCAUGCUUGCGAUGACACCUGAUGACUUGCAAGAGAAGGGCGUAGCAUACUGUUCUACGUACACACACUGUGAAAUCCAUCCAUCCAUGAUCCUAGGAGUCUGUGCUUCAAUUAUUCCAUUCCCCGAUCACAAUCAGGUUUGUGUACUUUAGUCUUUCUCUUAUAGAAAUGGUUUAUGUGUCAUGAAAUUUGUUGUAGUCUUAGCGCACAAACGUGGGUAGGGAUCCAUCCAAACUUGCACUGACUUCUGGCUAUUUAUAUAUUUGUAAGGUAUUUUCAUAGAGUUGAGGGGAGCACUUUCAGUGGUACUAUGAGUGCUAAGUAAACUUUUUUUAAAUUUAUUUUUUUCAUGUAGAGGAGAAUUCUGGCAUGCAAUGUAGUAAAGGAACACUCAAAAGUUAGAGUUGAAAUGUUCCUCUAAGCCUUUCUAUUGGCUGACAAGUGCUAAAUACCUGUUUAUAACAUUGUAACGUUACUAUACACCAUUGGGAAGACUUAGUGACAUUUGGAUAUAAACAAAAUACUAACAUAUUCUUGAGAAUAUUGGUAGGAGCCCUAUAUGAAAAAGGAACAGUAUUAUUUUUUUUUAUAUGAAAGUUUAGUGUUCUCUAUCUGAAAGCUAUGCAGGUCUAAGCGUAAGCAGGAUACAGAUUAAUGGUAUCCACUGAAGUGCGUCAAUUAUGUAUAAGAAGUGUUUUGUGAUUUAUCUAUUGACUAUGGUCACAGUGGUUUACUUGCUUAGAGUGGCUAGUAUCAAAUCUAAAUACAAGCUUCACCAAAUCGUAUAGAAAAAAAAAAAACCAUAUAAAUAAUAAUUAGAACUUUCCUAGUUAUGUCACAUUAUUUUAAGCAUUUCAAAAUAUACAGAAAAAACAACCCUUUAAUUAAAAUUACAAUUUCUUUUUUGGUAGUCUCCUAGAAACACUUACCAGUCUGCUAUGGGGAAGCAGGCUAUGGGUGUGUAUAUCACAAACUUUCAUGUUCGGAUGGACACUCUGGCACAUGUGUUGUAUUACCCUCAAAAACCACUGGUCACUACACGAUCUAUGGAGUACCUGAGAUUCAGAGAGCUUCCUGCAGGUAAGCAGUGCAUUGUUUCAUAACUGAAGAGAAUUAAACAUGAUGUGUAAUGUAAUGCAGUGGAGUUUUACUAUGUAUUUUUAUUUCUAUUUGCCCAGCCUCUUAAUUGUUUAAAAGUCUUCAAGAAUCAUAAUCAUUAGUCUGCUGUAGUGGUUAUGAUAGAAACAUAGAAUGUGACGGCAGAUAAGAACCAUUCGGCCCAUCUAGUCUGCCCAAUUUUCUAAAUACUUUCAUUAGUCCCUAGUCUUAUCUUAUAGUUAGGAUAGCCUUAUGCCUAUCCCACGCAUGCUUAAACUCCUUUACUGUGUUAACCUCUACCACUUCAGCUGGAAGGCUAUUCCAUGCAUCCACUACCCUCUCAGUAAAGUAAUACUUCCUGAUAUUAUUUUUAAACCUUUGUCCCUCUAAUUUAAGACUAUGUCCUCUUGUUGUGGUAGUUUUUCUUCUUUUAAAUAUAGUCUCCUCCUUUACUGUGUUGAUUCCCUUUAUAUAUUUAAAUGUUUCUAUCAUAUCCCCCCUGUCUCGUCUUUCCUCCAAGCUAUACAUGUUAAGAUCCUUUAACCUUUCCUGGUAAGUUUUAUCCCGCAAUCCAUGAACCAGUUUAGUAGCCAUUCUCUGAACCCUCUCUAAGGUAUCAAUAUCCUUCUGAAGAUACGGUCUCCAGUACUGUGUACAAUACUCCAAGUGAGGUCUCACCAGUGUUCUGUACAAUGGCAUGAGCACUUCCCUCUUUCUACUGCUAAUACCUCUCCCUAUACAACCAAGCAUUCUGCUAGCAUUUCCUGCUGCUCUAUUACAUUGUCUGCCUACCUUUAAGUCAUCAGAAAUAAUCACCCCUAAAUCCCUUUCCUCAUAUGUUGAGGUUAGGACUCUAUCAAAUAAUCUGUACUCUGCCCUUGGGUUUUUACGUCCAAGAUGCAUUAUCUUGCACUUAUCCACAUUAAAUGUCAGUUGCCACAAUUCUGACCAUUUUUCUAGUUUACCUAAAUCAUUUGCCAUUUGGCUUAUCCCUCCUGGAACAUCAACCCUGUUACAUAUCUUAGUAUCAUCAGCAAAAAGACAUACCUUACCAUCAAGACCUUCUGCAAUAUCACUAAUAAAAAUAUUAAAGACAAUGGGUCCAAGUACAGAUCCCUGAGGUACCCCACUGGUGACAAGUCCAAGCUUCGAAUAUAUUCCAUUAACUACAACCCUCUGUUGCCUGUCACUCAGCCACUGCCUUACCCAUUCAACAAUAUUUAAAUCCAAACUUAAAGAUUGCAGUCUUGAUGCCAAGAGAAUCCUGGCCCCUAUCCCUGGUAAUCGGACAAACUGAUUUUUAUAACUAUUUCUGCUCCUACCUGGUUGUUGCCAGGUUCCGAUGUUGCCGCUCUUGUGAUGUAUAUCUGGCUUCCUGCAAUGUGCGUAAGCUGGAUGCCAAUGCGAUUGUCAUCAUCUGACUGCUCUCAGCCAAUGAAUGACAUUCUGUGUAUAGAAACUUGCACAGAAUUAACAUUUGCCUGCUCGGAACUCUGGUUCCAUACUGGCUGAUGACACCCCAAUGACGCUGCUUGGGAUACCAUUACACCUUCAGCAGCAAACGGGUUAAACUCUUUUUGUGCAGCUUUUCAAAGCGAUACGCUGCUCAUGUAGACUUUAGGCACUAUGGCCCUAAAGUCAUAUGACUUGGGAAACCCCUUGUAACUAGGGAAUUUAAAAAUAUUAUCCAGCAUUCUGAUGUUUAGUUAAUGCUAAGAAAGGCAAUGCUUUUCUUUUCUAACGACUAAGUCCAAACCACACACAUCCAUGCUGUGGAAAUUCAGUUGUAUAUUCUUCAUAUUCUCUGUGUUCCUUUUCUUCUGUAUACAGAAGCGGGCACUGUUUUGAUUUUGGACCGCAACUAAGACAAAUGAGCUAAAACUUGCCACCAGGAGUCUCAGCCUAUCUUUGCGAUCCAAAAUUUGAUGUGGAAGAAAAGCAGUCAAUAUAGGGGCCAGAUUGUAGGGUGCUGAGUGAGUCCCACGUUUUGUGUAAUCAUUGAAAUAUUUGGCAAAAACAGGGUGACUGCAUCAACCGGCUUUUGUACCAUAACUACCACUGCUCUUUAUAGUGCUAGUGAUGCAAUACUUCUUUAUUUCCCCCCCUGCUGUUUUGUUUGCCUUGCCUCUGACUCCUAUAAAAGAGCUGUACACUGGCCACAUAAAUGCAUGCUGCAAGCGACAAGGUAGUCAUUGCUCUUAAUGUUUCCACACUUUAUUUUGUGUGAAAUUAGUAUAUCAAGGAAAUUAGUGUGGGUGUUUCAAAAUAAAUAUGAUAUAGAGCAGAUCUUUCUUUACUUGAAGUACUGUUUAACCAUUUUAAAUCAUUGUAAUAACCUCUGCAUUGAGACGAAUGCAAGUCAACAUAUAACUGUGCAAUUAAUUAAAUUGUGUUGAAAAUAUGCAAUGUGCCUCAUUGUUUUUGUUCAGGAUAUAGAAGUGUACAUAGAUAAAGAUGAUAUUGAUGUGUAAAUUGUAUGCACAAAAUAGUCUUGUUAAAUCUAUUCUUUGUACAUGCCCUCUUUUCAGGAAUUAACUCAAUUGUGGCCAUUGCUUCAUAUACGGGAUAUAAUCAGGAGGAUUCUGUUAUCAUGAACCGCUCUGCUGUGGACAGAGGAUUUUUCAGGUUUGUUAUAAAUACAUUAACACCAAAAGUACUUUUAAAUAAUUUUUUACUACCAAAAGUGUGUAAAAAAUAAAGUAUUCAGUCUAGGAUUUAAAGACUCUUAAAACUUGGAUGAUGUGUGAAUUUUCAAGUCUAAAUGGUUGUAAAUAUGGCAUUUGUUAUCCUUUGCAAGUACAUUACAGUACUGAGAGUUUUCAAUAAACUAUAGUUAUUGGUUUUCUUUGCCAUUGUAAACCGACGUCAACGAACCAUAGCCUUCUAGGGAUUGGAUAGUCCUUAAAACGUUUUUGUCACUUUUAAUUUAAACGUAUGGUGUAUGAUAUAUAUUUGUUGAUGGCAAACUUUAAAUUUUCUGGGGGUACUGUUUCUUUUUUUGUUCUUUGCAGACAGUAUGGUACAGCAAAUCUAUUAGCAAAGCAUUCUGUUCAUACUUUUUUGCAAUCAUAUAUAAUCUAAACCAACACUUGAGAUUUUCACUCAAGACUAGCCAUUGUCAAGUGCAAAUGUAAUCCUGGAGAAUAAAAAUCACCCCUGGUUAAGUACACCAUGAAUUCUCCAGGCUUGCAGUGGCGACUAGCAUUGAAGGCCUAGAUAAUAGCAUAGUAUUUGAUAUUUUUAAGCCCUGACCCAAAGCAUCUAGGAAUAAAGUAUUUGAAGAAUGUUUUGCGUUCUUCCUGUCCUCCUUUUACAGAUAUUCCAAUUCUACUUUUACGAUUUCUCUUCCAUGCCUCUUUUAUUAGUUUAUUUUGACUUGGAGUUGGUUUUUAACCGUACAGCCAUAAGCUACAUUCUGUACACUCCUGACAUUCCCUAUGUAAAAAUAUGUGGAAGCUGCUUGUAAUAAAUUCUACUCUUAUUUGUACCUAUAGUAACUUUUUAAACAGUCCUGAAAACAUCGACCACAGUCUUGGCAUUGGGCACAUGUACUAAUCAUUUGUCCUUGAUAGAUGAAAUAAACACAAAACAAAACUAAAAUCUUUGUUUGUUUUUUUUUAAACAGAUCUGUAUUUUACCGUUCGUACAAAGAACAAGAGUCCAAGAAAGGAUUUGAUCAAGAAGAAGUCUUUGAGAAACCUACCCGUGAAACAUGCCAAGGUGAGCAAUAAAAAUUUGUUUUACAUAGUUACAUAGCUGAAAAGAUACUUCCAUCCAUCAAGUUCAGCCUUCCUCAUAUAUGUUUUUGCUGUUGAUCCAAAGGAAGGGAAAAAAAAAGUUUGAAGUGCUUCCAAUUUUGCAACAAACUAGGAACAAAUUCCUUCUUGACCCCAAAAUAUAAGUCGGAUAUCUCCUUGGAUCAAGCAUCUAUUACCCCACCAAUUAGAAAUGAUAUCCCUGUAUGUUAUGUUUUUGCAAGUAUUUAUCCAAUUGCUGUUUAAACGUCUAUAUGGACUCUGAUAAAACCACUUCUUCAGGCAGAGAAUUCAAUAUCCUUAUUGCUCUUACUGUAAAAAAACAAACAAAAAAAAAAACCUUUUCUUUACCUUAGAUUAAAUCUCCUUUCUUCCAGCCUAAAUGUGUGACCUCAUUUCUUAUGUAAAGCCCUGUUUAUGAAUAGAUUUCCAGAUAAAGGUUUAUACUGGCCCUGAAUAUAUUUGUAUAAUGUUACCAUAUCCCCUCUGAGGUGCUGUUUUUCCAUUCCAUUCUUUUAUCAAUUUUGUAACUUGUCUCUGCACUUUUUCUAGUGCCAUGAUAUCAUUCUUUAGAGCAGGUGUUUUAUUUUGUGUUUUUGUAUUUCAUUAAAUAUAUAUCACAAGAAAGUUAUGGUAGAGAAAAAUUGUGAUUGAAAACUCCCUUCCACCGGACGUCGGUGGAUAGUCAGUACAAUGUUAAAACAAAGAUCUGCAUAGACUUGUUUUUCCACAGAAAUAACAAAUUUGCAGUGAUGUUACUACUGCAAAGGAUUCUGGGUGGGCAUAUGCUAAUUAGUUCAACAAAGAAUCACGUUUCUGCCUCAUUAUUCAAUUUUAAACAUUCAAAGCUGUCGUAUACAGAAACCACAAACUCCAAGGAGUCCAUAUUUAAAAUCAUUUAUAUGCAUAUACAAUGUACAUAUGUUUAUAAUCUAACUGGAUAGAUUUCUAAAAUACUUACACAUGUGUUAAAUGUUUUUGGUUUGUUUUUGUUUUUUCUCACAGGUAUGAGGCAUGCUAUCUAUGAUAAGCUGGAUGACGACGGUUUGAUAGCACCUGGGGUGCGUGUGUCAGGAGAUGAUGUGAUUAUUGGGAAGACUGUAACAUUGCCUGAAAAUGAAGAUGAGCUAGAUAGUGUUAAUCGGCGUUACACCAAAAGAGAUUGUAGCACUUUUCUGCGUACCAGUGAAACUGGCAUUGUUGAUCAAGUCAUGGUGACACUUAAUCAAGAAGGUUACAAAUUUUGCAAGAUAAGGGUAUGUAUGCUUUGAAUAUUCAGAUUUAAUUUAGAUAAUUGGUCAUUUUUAGUGGUUUAAAAACGUUUUCUUUUUUUUCUGCCUGCAGUCCUUGGGUAUGUUAUUUAGACUAGUAAAUUGAUCAUUUGAUUUCUGAAUAAUCAAGACAGAUAUUUUAAAGGAACACUCCAGAUCCCUAAGGCACUUAAGGUAGCUUAAGUGUCGUACAGAUUAGGAGCAGGUCCCUUUUUAUUUUUUAUAUAAGAUCUGCUUAAGAAUUUUUUUUGCAUGUUUUAUAAAUAAAUGGCUUAAAGACAUAAGACCACAAUGUUUAAUGAGAAGCAUUGGAUUGGUCCCGCAGAUCCUCAUUUUAUAGGUAAUUAACUUAGUUUUGGGGUGUUCCCUCCCCAAAUCUAAAUUAAGACUGGAACACUCAAAUGUUAGAAAUAACUAUUUCUAAUAUUGGACUGUUUCAACUGUUCUCCACAAAUAUUAGAAAAGCAGUGGUUCCAGUUUAAGGGAUUAUUUAUACUGAAGAUAGUGAAGCUCUGCAAUGAGAUUAUUUCACGAAGGGUGAUGUUGAUAUUUGUAUUUGGGACUGUAUAACUUUUGACACUUAUUGGUAACUCAACUGAUUUCUGAAAAUAUAGAUAUAUAGUAAUAUAUGUUUGAUAGUUUUGGUUGGUUUGAUUGGGGAUUUUUGAAUUUUUUAGGAUUACCUUUUUUGAUAUAAGCCUAAUUUUAUUUUUUAGGUGCGCUCCGUGAGGAUCCCACAGAUAGGAGAUAAGUUUGCCAGUCGACAUGGACAAAAGGGUACCUGUGGUAUUCAGUACAGACAGGAGGUAUUUUACAUUUAUUAAUUAUGCAACCAUAUACUGUAAAACACAUUUUGCGUAAGUGCCAAGCUCACUAAACAAAAGCAUAGGGGAAAACCCUCACUAAAUAGUUUUCACACCUUUUGUGGUAGUAUUGCUCUAACAUGAAGGCCUUUCCUGGUUUAAAUUGGAGGAAUUUAGACAAUUCAUUGAGAUCCCUUGUUCGUGACUUUCUCAGUGGGAUAAAGGUUUUUUUUUUUUUUUGUUUUUUUUAAUUGGGAAAGUUUUUUUUGUUUUUAUAUGUGCUUAGCAGUGAGAUUAGCCAGUUCACGAUUGUAAGAGACCUCUAUUCUUUCUCACCAGAUUUACUCCAGAAAAUGAAUAGUCAUGAAUGCUGUUAAAUGUGUUAUGCCCUAAUAUUGGUAUACAAGACAUUUCUUUAUAUACUUGAGUAGAACAGUGUCAGUGAGUGGUUUGAUCAUGAACAUAAUAUAAUUUCCAUUCGUUUUUUAACAUACAAAAUAUUUUUAAUAUUACAGUGAAUAUUGCCCAGCUCUAAUUAUUUUAAUUUUAUUUUUUUUCUGCAAUUCAUAUCCAGUACUAAAUUUAUUGCAGCCCAUCAAUCUUCUUCUGCAGCCUCACCAUCAGUUUUGUCACUACACAAGUCACUGAAAUAUUUUGUAGUUUGUCUUACGAUCUUUAGCUUGGUUUUUCAUUUAGCCAAUCACAUUUCCCUUCUGCAAGUUUUGUUGGCACCUUUUGUGUAUAUCAAAUAUACAUCUGUCAUGAAUUUGAUGUUCGUCAAAUUCAGCAUUAGCUGCGUAGAUUUAAGUCUACGCUGUAUAUGCUUGAGAAGAUUUAUUUAUUAGUAUGCUCACAGCAUUAUUCUUUAUUAAAGGGAAUAAUGUCAUCAAAUUUUCAUUUAAAAUAAGGCAUAAGAUAAUUUAUUUAUAUGAAAAGGCUUCCGACAGAGACAGAGCUGCAAAAUACAUUGACACUUACUGACACUUAGCUGUCAUCAAAUUUUCAUUGCUCAUUUUAUAAAAGUUUUUUACAUUUAUUGAAACUAAUAUGUGAUGAUUUUUUUUUUUUUAAUAACUGUUUUUUGUUGAAGUUUUGACUAAAUCUGUCUAAAUAGCCAUGAUUGGUCAGACUCUAUCCUUCACUGACUAACUUCUGCUCAACCUAACUUGCCUGCUGCUGUGAUUACUCUGUGUGUAGCAAGUUAAGCUGAGUGGAAGUUUCUCAGAUAACAGUAGAAUCUAAAACCAACAUGGCUGCUCAGCCAGAUAAAAAUAAUUUUUUUGCAAAAAAUAAUCGAUAUUUAUUUUAAAAAAAAAAAGUUUCAUUAAAUGUAAUAAACUUAAAAAAAAAAAAAAAAGUGACGUGAGGACAGUUGUCCUUUAAGUGCCAAUUGUGUUCUGCAGCUCUGUACAAGCUGUAUGAAGCAGUUUUAUGACCGGUUGUAUUCUUAUGUUCUGAACAUUGACCAGUGUUUUGUGUGACUUUGAUGAAUGUACAGUUCCAGUGUACCAAAAAGUUCAGGUCCGUUACUUUUUAUAGUCUUGUUUAUAUUGUGCAUGCAGUCUAAAUUCUUUUUCACUGAUUGAUAGACUUGUAAAUCCUCACUACUUGGAACAAUUGUGCAUUAGAUCUAGGAAACUGGGUAGCUGGCCUUUAAGACAUAACAUUAAUUCUCUUUUUUCUAGGACAUGCCUUUUACCUGUGAAGGUAUAACUCCUGAUAUUAUCAUCAAUCCUCAUGCCAUUCCUUCUCGUAUGACCAUUGGGCAUUUAAUUGAAUGUCUCCAAGGGAAGGUAAGAUCAUUAAAAUGCCUUUUAAAGGAGUGAUGCUAAAUAAAACUGUCUGGGAAAAAAACAUCGAUUUUAAAAGAAAACUCAAAGCACCAUAACAACUUCAGCUCUUUGGAGUGUUCUAGCUUCCCCCAGUGUAAGUUUGCAAGAAUGGUUUGACUUCUUACCUGGGGUAAGUUUAUGGUGCCAGGAGUGUUCCUUUAGGACAAUUACCAACUAAUACAAAGUGAUUUGACAAACAUUUUUUUUAAUUUAUUAUAUGUAUAUAUGUAUGUAUGUAUGUAUAUAUAUAUGUGUAUAUAUAAUGUAAAAUACAAAAAAAUGUUGAACACCUGUAUAGGUUUUUGUUGUCUUACUCUUCAACACUUGCAUUAAUGAAUAAGUCCAGAUCUAGACUGACAAUAUAAAUAUAUAAAACAAACAUUUUCACACUGUUCUGGCUGUUGUUUUUUUGGGUAAGGUUUAACCCUUUUAUAAAGUAAUGUUUAUGCCUGAAAAAAUAUACUCUAAAGGUGCAUUUUAUUCAUUAUAAGAAUUUUCCUAAGGAGUUUUUUCAUUAAACUUGGAAUUGAAGUGAAUGAGUUCUACGUUUUUGGCUAGAAUAACUGACCUGGAUAAAAAGUAGGUAGAAUUUUUCCUGCUUGGUUAAUUUAGUGAAAAAUAGGCAAUUUUCCUUGUCAGAUUUUCACAGUUCAUUGUUUUAUGAGUAAACAUCUGUUAUGAUAGUCCAAACUAAUACGGUCAACAAUAUAAAAUAAAAUCAAGAUUUGAUGCUUUUUUUUUUUUUCCCUCACAGGUUUCGGCAAACAAGGGAGAGAUAGGUGAUGCAACACCUUUUAAUGAUGCAGUCAAUGUGCAAAAGAUUUCUAAUCUGUUAUCAGAUUAUGGUUACCAUCUUAGAGGAAAUGAGGUAAUGCACACUGAUAUGAUUUUUAACUUUUUAUUUUAAACAGGGGUUUAAAUUUAAUUAAGUCACAAUUAUAAAAUAUUUUUAAUUCUUUGUAUAUUUUUUUAUGCACAGAGGCAGAACACAUCCAACAAAAUAUUGACUACUCCCCUUCCUUGUUUACCACCUCUUUCCUGUUUGCUCCCUAAUGGAGCAGUGGCUCCCUGUAAAAGUGUCAAGAUUUAGUUUUUACACAGAGACAGCUUCCCUGCUAGAUGCCAGUGUAUCUACCUCCCUCUCGUUGUAGAGAAGUAGGUAAACCAGACAACAGUGGGUUGUUUUGCAACCAGAGUUAUUGAUCUAGGCCCAGCAUGAAAUCACAUUGCAAUCCUCAAUCUAGCAUUCUAUGCUGUCCUACAUAAAAAGGACUUUAAAGCCUGGGGGGUCCCCACUGUCUUCUUGGGUCACUUUUAGUGGCCCCAGACUUUUAGAAGAGCUGUUUGUAUCUCUGUAAAAAGCGCUUUACAUAAGGAUUUAAAUGCCUAUUAAAAGACUGCGGUGUGAGCAGGGUUAACUCCGUGCUCACAGCCUUUAUGGAUACUUGGUGCUCCUCUGGGUUUGCUAGGGCCCUUUUUAGUAGUAGCCCCUAGACAUUUUGAUGAGCUGGUUGCAGCGAUGGAAACGGCUCUUUAUAAAGUCAUUUAAAUGCCUACAGAUAGAUUGUGGUUAAAUUCCUGCUCACACCAGAUGACCCUGAAAUCAAUGGAAUACCAGAAGCUCCUGUAAGUCAACUGGGGCCAUUUUUUGUGACCCCGGGCUGAUUGAUUGAGCUCUGUGCAGCGCUGAAAGUCAGCUACGCACAGAGCCCCUUCAUAAAAUAGCGGCUGAGCGUGAUGGGGAAAAAAAUGUGAAUUCCGAGGGCAUUUGUUAGUUUGUAUAAGUGCUAUAGUGAAUUGUAUCCUUUGACAUAAAGUGAUUUCUUUCUUUUUUUAUCCGGUCUGAGCGUGUACAAAUUAAAGUUACAAAACGAGCACACUUUGCCCAUUGAGCAAUAUAGAUACAAGUGGCAAAUCAAUAAUUUACUGUAAGGUAGAACCAUAAAUAUUCCUGAUGGGCCAUAGAGAAAAAUCGUUAUUCAGCGGGCAGUAAUGUGUUUUUUUGUUUGGGUUUUUUUGGUUUUUUUUUCCUACAUUUACUUCAUAAUGUUUGUAUAUUUUGCUAUAUAAGUUCCUGCACGAUAUCCACAUAUGUACGGGAACUUUAAAUAAAUCCUGUGCGAUGUAUUUUGUAAUUUUUGUUUUGGGAUUUAUUAACUUCUCUAUACAUUUUCAAAAGACAAAUGGCUGCAUAGGUGUAUUCAUAUGUGUAUAUUAAUUUGGGAUUUAGUGCUAUGGAGUCAUUCAUAUGGUCUUAUAUUAUCAUUUAAUGCCUGCUUUGUUCCAUAAAUAAUUGUUAGCAGUCCAAUCAGGUGGUGGUGUACUUUGUGAUUCAGGAAUUAUAAUUGUUUUGUAUCUGUAUUGUGGGUUCUCUAGGCUAAAUUGUCUUCCUACAUCCCAUGAGUUAUAACUGCAUGAAUACUUUUUUUUUUUUUUUUACUUUUGUAAAUUUGCUUUCUGUUCAUAAUUGACCCCUCUCCGUUGGCUUACAGAUGGGUAUCUUGAACCCCUUAAGGACACAACUUCUGGAAUAAAAGGGAAUCAUGACGGAAUAUUCCUGUCAUGUGUCCUUAAGGGGUUAAGUUAAAUAGUCACUUAAUGAGUAGCUCAGGGUCUUGUGAGUUUUGUUUUUUUUAAGGCGUGGAGGGGGAGGAUCCUGGGGUAGGGACUACAGUUUGGGUUUUAACCUUUUCAGUGCUAUUUGCCUUUGGAAAAGGUAAAUGACAAAUGCCCAUCUUUGAUUGUUGCUGUCUGUACGAUGGAAAAGUAAAUUUACAGUACAUGAAAAAAUAAAAAAUCAUUAUAUUUUGAUUUAUUUACUUGGUUUUUCAAAAAUUUUAGGUUUUGUACAAUGGCUUCACAGGACGUAAAAUUACAUCACAGAUUUUCAUAGGGCCAACUUACUAUCAGCGAUUAAAGCACAUGGUGGAUGAUAAAAUCCAUUCUCGUGCAAGAGGGCCUCUUCAAAUUUUGAACAGACAACCAAUGGAAGGUAGAUCUCGGUGAGUUAUUUUUUUAUUUGUUGAUUUGCUUUUUAUCUUUUUUAUUCUUUCCAGUAAAUAGAACUGGUCUCUUGCAUAGUAUUACUAUUCUGAAAUUACUUAAUUUGCUUUUUUCUCCUUGUUUAGUGAUGGUGGUCUGCGUUUUGGAGAAAUGGAACGUGAUUGCCAGAUAGCUCAUGGGGCAGCACAGUUCUUACGAGAGAGGUUAUUUGAAGCCUCUGACCCUUAUCAAGUACAUGUUUGCAAUCUCUGUGGACUGAUGGCCAUAGCCAAUACCAGAACUCAUACGUAUGAAUGCAGGGGAUGUCGAAAUAAAACACAGGUAAACAAAACACACAAAACACAAAGCCUGAAAAAAGUAGCAACAAUGUAUUACCUAAUAGAUGUCAUUUGUAUAAAAUUAACAGCCUGAUUUAACUAUAAGAGUAUUUUUCUAUAACACAAACCUUGACGGAACAGUCAAAUUUUAAAAAAAAAUAUUUGUGCUUUUAAUGUCCCCCCUCCUCCCAUUGUGCCAUAAGAAAUGGGGAAUAAUAAAUAAUUUAAACUUGCCUUUAUUCCAGCCCCAAGACAAUUUCCUCACUGCAGGGCUGAUCUUCUAAUGAAGGAGCUCUAAUGAAACGGAAGUGCUUUAAAGGGACUGGAGUGUCCUUUUAACAAAUUACGUACUAUAGAACAAAGGGCAUGACUAAUGCUUCUAAUAGAGUUGCAUUGGAAUUCAUUGCAAGUAUCAAUAAAAAGUGCCACUUUUUUUGAUUGACUUGGUUACACCCACACUUUCAAACAGACAACAGGUCCGGUUACUUCCUGGUUUGGUUAGCUCAGUGGCGCUACACUCAAGAAGCAGCAAUUGCCCAGAUCACCUGCCUUGCAAAGAGUUCUCAAUGAGCUUCAUUGGGUAGUCUGUGAUUAGACAGCCACAAAAGUUGCAGACAAGAGAACUGCAGGUUUUGCAAGCGGUUUUUAGACAUACAACCAAAAAAAAUAAAAUUGUGUUUAAGCAGUAUUUAAAUAGUUAUGACUUUGUCCAUUAUAAUCUGUAAUGACAUUUGGGGUUGUACUACUGUUGUACACAUGAAAUUAUUUAGGUUUAAUAGCAGAUUUGCUAUUGUCGAUUGUCGUGGUACUACUAUGCACCUGCAUCUUUUCUCCUUUUAUUUUUUUUAUUACUGUUUUGCAUUGCAUCCCACUAAAUCAGCUUUUAAGUAUUCUAAUAUUGCUCUGUAUUCUCAGAUCUCGCUGGUGCGAAUGCCGUACGCCUGUAAACUCCUUUUCCAAGAAUUGAUGUCAAUGAGCAUUGCUCCACGCAUGAUGUCUUCAUAACAUUACUUUUUUUUUUUCGUGUUUUUAAAUUUGCUUUAAUAAUUUUUUGAUGUCCAUGUGUCUUCUGUAGAAAAGUAUAAAUAAAACAUUUUUGCCUACA